AUGCUCUCCCACGCAGGACCCGCCAGGUUUGCCCUGUUUCUGCUCUGCUGCAUGGAAACCUUGCUGCCCUCCCAUAUGGCACCCACCCAUCGACUACAACCAAGUGACGUCCGAAAAAUAAUCUUGGAAUUACGGCCCAUGUCUAAGGGACUUUUGCAAGACUACCUGAAGAAGGAGAUGGGGUUGCCAGAAUCUAACCAUUCCUCGUUACCGUGUCUCAGCUCUGACUCCCAACUGCCGCACAUCAAUGGCUCCGCCAUCCUGCCUUAUUUCAGGGCGAUCAGACCAUUGUCAGAUAAGAAUACGAUCGAUAAAAUCAUAGAACAGCUGGACAAACUCAAAUUUCAACGUGAACCAGAAGCAGAAGUUUCUAUGCCUGCAGACAACUUUGAACGUAAAAACUUCAUCUUGGCCGUUUUACAACAGUUCUCAGCGUGCCUGGAACAUGUGCUUCAAUCAUUGAAUUCUGGACUCCAGUAG